AACAGCUGACAGACAACACAACAAUGUAAAGCUGCAUGCACAGACAACAUGCAGUUUGCAUCAGAACCAACCAUAAUCUUAACCAAGACCUCAAGCACCCUUUCGCAUGGGAAUUACAAUUUGAAGAGACGAUUACAAUUCUGAUUUAAUCCAUCACGUUCGGUUUGGAUACAGUUUGAACUCCCACAAUGCUCCCAACUUGGGGUGGAGCGGGUUCUCUCCGAACAUGGAUCAACACACUAGAGAUGGAGAACGGUGAGCAGCAGAAGGCCCUCGAUGCAGCGAGAAGCCGCACCGACACCUUGCGCUGUGAUAACACAAACCUGAAAAUGACCAUCAGAAAACUGAAACCUAAAUGUCAACAAGUCUAUUCCAUGAGAGAGGAACUGGACGAAUUGCGCUCAGAAAUGACGGAAAGCUCGAAACGCCGGGAAACUUUCCAGUACAAGCUAAGUGACCUUGAAGUGACAAAUUCAGAUCUGCACGAGAAGCUGGAAUGUCAAAUUGGGGAGAUGGCAAGCCUUAAGCUCGCUAGACAGGCAGACAAGGAGCAAUGCCUUUCUCUCACUAAAUCCACCAAGUCAAUGAAGAGUGAAAUUGAGCUUCAACGCUAUUUUCUGGAGAAGAAGGAACAAGACAUGAAGCUGCAAGAUGCCCUUCAAAGAGAGCUGAACUCCGCCGUCCUGGAGCGCAUGGAGAUCAUCAAUAUGUUGGAGGAGAGGAAGUCCGAACUGGAGGCGGCGUUGAGGAGACCACCUGCCGAGAAGCCGCUUAGCAUUUACGACGAGAUUUGUAUGGCCACGGGCACUAUGGGCCAGGGCGAACCCCUGUCAGCCACAAAGAGUCUCAAGAUGAUGAAGAUGCAGAUGAAGCCUCAGAAAGUGGUUGAGAAGAUACUACCCUUGGCCCCAGCCUCAAAAAGGGUGCCCGAGGUAAGUCUUCUAUACCGGAAAAUGGCAACAACAGUUGUGAACUGGAUCAGCUUCGCGCUGGGUUUUGCACUCAUGAUGUUCUGCGUCCUGCUGGUGAUUGGCGCCGCUGUGCCCAUGUGCCGUCCGGCUCACUACCACGUGCCAUGCCAGGACCUGCUCAGAGACGUCCUGCCACGCCUCCUGCUGCCAUACUGCGACACCCGCUUCCCACGCCCCCCGCCUUUCUGAUGACCUCCUGCACCAGAUGAACACUUACUUACUGAAGCCUUAUUGUCCACUCCACCCCCACUACCUUCUUCCUAACCCCUUACAUCAGAGGGAAUUUACUGGAACAUUUAGGCUACUUUUACCCUCCCCCCACCUUUCCAAUAACCUAUUUCAGAAGGAAAUUUAUUAAAUACAUUGGCUUCAAAACUCAGAAUAUUUUUUUCCCCCUGUGGAUUUUAACACUAAUUUGAAACUAAAUAAAACACAUGUGAAAUGGCAGAUUGAACUGUUAAUUGUGCAUAAUCUUUUUUCUGAGCGGU